AUGGCUCACCUGAAGCAGACUGCUUCAUCCCUGUUCACCUGCUUCAGGGAGACCCCAUCUCUCUUCUUGGCAAUGGGGCGAUGGGGCAGCUGCCGAGGUGCUGAUGAAGAGCAGAUGAAUUUUGCUAGGAGAGAUGAAUUGGGCUGCAGUCACAGUGAGGAGGGAGAGGCACCAGAUGGACCCCUGAACUUUGAGCUUGAUGUUUGUCACCAGGAUGCAGAAUACAAGUCCCCAGCUCCCCUGCCACAUGCCCAGGCCAAACUGAUCACCAGCUGGGAAGCAGGAUGGAAUGUGACAAAUGCCAUUCAGGGAGUAUUUGUCCUAGGAUUGCCAUAUGCUCUUCUCCACAGUGGAUACAGUGGCCUGUUUCUUAUUAUGCUGGCUGCAGCACUGUGCUGUUACACAGGCAAAAUCCUAAUUGCUUGCCUCUACGAAGAAAACGAAGAUGGGCAGCUGGUGAGAGUGAGAGACACCUAUGAAGACAUUGCCAAUGCCUGCUGCAAAAAGCUCUCUCCCAGACUGGGUGGCAUAGUUGUCAGUGUGACCCAAGUGAUGGAACUGCUCAUGACAUGCAUUUUGUAUCUGGUUGUAAGUGGCAACUUGCUGUCGCACAGCUUUCCAUCUGUGCCGGUGACGGAGAGAACUUGGUCUGUAAUUGCGUUUGUUACGCUGCUGCCUUGUGUGUUUAUCAAGACUCUCAAAACUGUUUCCAAACUCAGCCAGCUCUGCUCCUUGGUGCAUUUCAUUAUCCUCCUGGUCGUGAUGACUUACUGUCUCACACAGACACAGCAGUGGUCCUGGGCAAAACUCAGGCUCUCCACCGAGUUUGAGGGCUUCCUGGUCUCAGUAGGGGUGAUCAUUUUCAGUUACACUUCACAGAUAUUUCUUCCCACCCUUGAAGGCAACAUGAAAAACCCAGGGGAGUUCAGAUGCAUGCUGAAUUGGACUCACUUUCUUGCCUGUGUCUUGAAAACCACCUUUGCACUGACUGCCUUCUUGACCUGGGGUGAGGAUACAAAGGAAGUUAUAACUGACAACCUGCCAUCAUUUCUUCAAGCCCUAGUGAAUCUGUGCCUCUUAAACAAGGCUCUUCUUUCUUACCCUUUGCCCUUUUUUGCAGCCACAGAAGUUGUGCAUGUUUGUAUUUCUAGAGGUAACCACCCCAAUUACAGCUCCCCACUCUUUGCUCUGGGUGUAAGAGGCUCCUUUCUGCUGCUAACUCUGCUGAUGGCCACCUUCAUCCCACAUUUUGCCCUGCUGAUGGGUUUAACGGGCAGUGUAACAGGUGCUGCUAUGACUUUCCUUCUCCCUUCACUCUUCCAUUUAAAUCUCAAAUGGAGAAACCUCUCCUGCUUGGAGAAAUGUGCAGAUGUCUCUGUUUUCAUUCUGGGCUUCCUCUGUAGCCUUGCAGGCAUAGUUUGCUCAAUAAAAGGGCUGCUUGAAGUGUUUGGAGGAGUGUAA